AUGGGCACCUCAGUGCGGUGGGGGCCUGGGUUCAGUACAGAGUGGUUGUCUGCCGCGGGCACACGGCUCCGACGGCACACCCCAGCAGCCCCCCCCCACCCCCCCCGACGCCGCCGGAGGGUCGCUGACGCCGCCGACGCCGAGCGUCCCACCAUGUGGCGGCUCCCAGCUGCCGCUAGGCGGCCUCCCCAGCUACCCUCCCUGCUGCUGCUACUCCUGCUGUUCUCAGCGGCAGCGCCAUGGGCAGCAGCCGAGCCUGACCCCAAACCCAAGCCUCAGGAAGACUACUACGACGGCGGAUAUGAUAAAGAACCACCAACAGACAUUGUUGGGCCGACAGCUCCGGAUACCGGUUAUGGCGCCUCCACCACUGGCGCGGAGGGCCCCUCUGGACCACCAGGAGACCGGGGCCCCACUGGCACGCCAGGCAGUCCCGGAACCCCUGGACAACCUGGACCCCCUGGACCCAUGCCUGAUGUAAGUUUCAAAAUGACCUAUGCCAGAAAUAAAUCUUAA